AAAAAAAUUUAAUUCCGUUCGCAACGCAGCGAAAAGUGGAAAAACAGCAAAAAGCCGAGUGAAGAGCCAGUCUGCGAGUGUGCAGAGGAGAAAAGUACAUAGAGAAACCCAAGAACGCAGUUAGUUUUGCAACUCUAAUCGCCAAUAUGUCCAAGGCGCACUUCGAUGACGAGUACGAGCACUACAACUUCGACCAUGACAAGCAUAUUUUCUCCGGCCACAGCGGCAAGCAGCGCUCCAAGAAGGAGGCCACCGAGCACACCAACCACUUCGACCCCUCCGGCCACUCCCGCAAGAUUCUCACCAAGCUCAUGAACACCAACAACAACAAGAAGGCCGCCGCCUGCAAGAACUGAUGCAGGGCAUCGCCGGGGGCGGGGGAGCCGUCUGUGCAGCGGGAGUGCAAGAAGUAACGGGGAAAGGAGAGAGAGAGAGAAAAGAAAUCUUCGAAUUUAAAGGAAAAAGGAAAUCGCAGCCACGGCAGUCGAGCCGAGCUGGAAGUAAAAGGAAAGGAGGAAAGAGAGAACAACAAAAGCCACCUGGAAACACGCUUUGCAUUUGUAUUCGUGCAUCGGGUUUUCAUGCGGCACAAAACUUGUGAACUUAUAAUAAUUUUAUUGCGCUUAUAACUUCACAAACACAAAAAAAGGCAGAUAUUACUCUUAGCUUCUAACGUAUUCCUAAACUAAUUCAGACUUACACGUUUUAGUUGCUAAGCCUUAGUGCGUUUCAAAUUAUGAAGUUUGAUUUAGGUACUACUUAUAAAAUAAAGAGAAAACCAAAACUGAA